AUGCCUCACCCGUACUUUUCCCACGGCACUCUCGUCUUCGGGCUACUGCCCGCCGUCUUUGGCUUCAACGCGCUGCUCCGCCCCGAAGCUGCGCUGAGGGGUGUCGAGUUUCCCGUGCCAACGCAGCCGGAGUCGCGCAAGCUUACUGCGUCGCUUAUGAGAAUUUACGGUAUUCGAAACGUCGCCGUCAGUUAUCUGCUGACUCUCAUUUGGUCGACUGGCAACGAAAAGCUUAUGGGGGCAGGACUUGUCGCCGGCUUGGCUAUGACUUUCACUGAUGGCUUGGUGAGCAAGUCGCUGAUCGGGGGAGGAGAAUGGAAUCAUUGGUCAUUUGCUCCUGUUAUUGCAGGUUUGCAGGCUGGUUUGUUUGGCUAUUUUCAGGGCUGGGGACUUUGA